UAUCUUAUUAGUUAUUAGAGUAAAUUAAAAUGUCGGGACAGCAACAGUCAUCAUCUCCGACUACUUAUACUGAGAUAGUACUUUCUAUCAAUCCUUCACCGGCCUUGCCUCCGCCGCGGCUGCCAUCCUCAUCAACUGGGUUGUGACGCACUUGACAGGUGGAAAGAUUCCGUUGCUUUUGUCUUGUUAGGCGUCCGCCAACGAUGUCAGACUUUGGAGAUGAACUGACUUUGGUGGAGCUGUAGAUGACAUUAUCAUGCUCGCGUCCUCGACCAUGCUCGCGGACUCUUCAUGAGGGUCCGCUAAUACACUUGGGUUAUACCCAUACAAUGUUCAUGCUUGAAAAAUGUCUAGAGGGCCAUGAAAAAACAAAUGGGUAAGGUAUUGGAAGUCGGAGGGAGUAGUAUACAUUUAGAAGAAAAUCAAUAUCUCGGAGGAAAACUCUUCAGCACUUAGCUAGCAAAAGAAACAUUGCCUUUGUUUAUUUGCUCUAUUUUAACAAUUCUAUAUGACAUAACCAGAAAGCAGUAACAGAGAAAACUUCUUGAAAUUUGGCUUGCCACUUUACCAAGCUGCUCUUCAAGGCCGCUGGGCAGCUGCUGAGCAAAUUCUACAACAAUCCCCCCAUUGGAUUCGACAACCAAUAGCAAAAGGCGGAGAAAGAGUGCUUCACAUCGCGGCAGCAGCUAAACACACCCAUUUUGUAAAAGAACUAAUUAAGCUAAUGAACGAGGAGGACUUAGUCUUAGCCAAUGGUCUAAAUAACACAGCCCUUUGUUUGGCCUCAAUAUCUGGGGUUGUCGAGAUUGCUAAGGCGAUGGUUGAGAAGAAUGAUGCACUUCCAAAUAUCAGAGGUAGCCAAGGGAUGCCACCACUUCAAAUGGCAGUUUUGCUAGGACACCGGGAAAUGGUCUGGUACCUGAUUUCAAUCACUGAUGAUGAUCAAUUGAUGGACCAUGAUCGCAUUGCUAUACUUACUAGUUGUAUUGACUCUAAUUUGUUCGAUGUUGCAAUUCAUAUUCUGGGAAAGCAUCCGGAGUUGGCAGUUCUUCGUGAUGGCAAGAAAGAAACAGCUCUACACGCACUGGCUCGGAAACCCAUUAGGCCUGGCAGCUAUCAUGUUCGGAGGUUAUGGAUGACACUUUUAGGAUUAGGAGGAAAGCUAGCUCAACGGAAAGUGCAAGAACAGCCAAUAGAAAUACUACUAGUACAAAGGCUCUGGGAAGAAGUCAUCAAACAAGAUGAAAAGACAAUCUCAUACCUUAUAGGGUAUCCUUGGAGAUUGCUUUUUGUUGCUGCAAAAUGUGGUAAUGUAGAGUUUCUAACUACACUUAUACGUUGCUAUCCCGAUCUAAUCUGGAAAGUCGAUGAAGAAAACCGUAGUAUCUUCCACAUUGCCAUCUUAAAUCGCCAUGAAGAGAUCUUUCAGAUGAUAUAUGAAAUAGGAGCAAUCAAGGAUCUGAUAGCUGUAGACAAGGAUACUCGAGGCAAUAAUAUGUUGCAUUUGGCAGGCACCUUGCCUCCUUCUCAUCGCUUAAAUUGCGUCUCAGGGUCAGCUCUGCAAAUGCAAAGAGAACUUUUGUGGUUUCAGGCAGUAGAAAAGGUUGUGAGGCCAGAAUAUGCUGAAGCUGAGAACAAAGACCACAUUUCACCCCACGUCUUAUUCACCAGAGAACAUAAUAAUUUAAGAACAAAGGGAGAAGAGUGGAUGAAGCAGACUGCACAAUCCUGCUCAGUAGUCGCCACCCUCAUUGCUACAGUUGUCUUUGCAGCGGCUUUCACCCUGCCUGGCGGGGUUGACAGCAAAGGAACCCCGGUUUUUGUAAACCAGGCUUCCUUUAUAGUCUUUUCUUUAUGCAACGCUCUAUCUUUGUUUAGCUCUUCUACUUCAAUACUGAUGUUCUUGUCAAUCCUGACUUCUCGAUAUGCAGAGCAAGAUUUCCUUAAGUCAUUGCCUUUGAAACUCAUGACAGGUUUAAUUGGGUUGUUCGUUUCAAUAGUGACGAUGAUGGCGGCCUUCAGUGUUACUUUCUUCAUCACUUUUCGUCAAGGAGUACAAUGGAUUCCUAUUCCCAUUAUUCUGUUUGCUGCUAUUCCAGUAGCUCUUUUUGCUUUGCAGCAAUACCCCCUUUUGUUAGAUAUAUAUUGCUCCACUUAUAGAUCUUGGUCUUUAUUUCAACCAACAAAACCAAAGCUUUUAGCAUGUUAGUUUCAGGUACUAACAAUUUCAGAAUUGUUUGUUCUCUAAGCACACCUAUUAUUGCAUUGUCCAAGGGCACUAUUCUGUUUCUCUUGUUUACGGAUAUAAAGUUAGAGUUUUAAUAUGAUGGAGUUCGGGGUGGAUCUAGAAUUUUGAAUUUGGGGGCCCUAACGAAGUUAAACAAAAAAUAAUGAUCAUAUUAACAUAUGAGAUGUUUAGUUUAAACAAUAAGAAAACCAACCUUUAUAUUAUUUGAAUCAAGUAUUAGACAAACCAUCGUUAUGUCGACAUUUUCAUGUUUUUUUUAUUUUUUUAUUUUUUAGUAAAUUUAACAGAUUGACUUUUACAUUCAUCAAUAGACGCGACUUUUACUUAUAAUAUAUUAUCUGUUUCUUGCUACACCAUCACCACCGCCAUAUCAUAAAUAUGAAUCCAUUUUUCCCAACUAUUAACCUCACAAAUAACUCUGAAAAAUGGAUUCUAUCAUCAAACCCCUUGAAGCUCUCUACUUAAGAGAAAAAUAGGGGUUUCAAGGGGUUUGAUGAAAGGUAGUGAUUUCUAUUAACAACCCCCAUACAUGGUUUCUUCCUAGACUACUAUAGUGGGGGAACCUGACUGGGUAGAGUUCCGGUACGAAGAAGUCUUCGUUUUUUGUAACAAGUGUGGAAGAAAAGGGCACAGAAGACCCAAGUGUAGAAUGCCUAUCG